AUGGACCCCAGCCCGCUACAUGUGGCAUCCUCUUCGUGUGAGCGACUCAGGUGCGGCAACCUUCGCCGUGACAGCAAUGCUCAGUGGACCGAGAUCGAGAUGCUACAAAAUGCGUGCAUCAAUCUCCACUUUCAGAACGAGAAACUGGGCGCAGUGUGCAGCAAUCUUUCUUUUCAAAACCAUGCCCUUUGGACUCGCAGUGAGAAGCGACGCAAAGAGUGCCAGAAGCUUCGCCGUGAUAGCGAGAAGCUGAGCAAAAAGCUACGCAUCCAGGAGGAGCAGCUUUUUCAGACCAAGCACUGCUCCAACAUGAUGUGUGUUCAUUCGCCUGGAGCGCUCCGGGCCGACAUGGUCGAAGUUCAUGAGGGCAAUUCGAGUCUGGCUAGGAUGACUGGCACGAAGCGAGAAAGCAGAGACUCAAUGGACUCGGUUGGUGCACACGAGCGUGGUUCUGCAGCUGAGCAGGUGCAGGCGGGUGAAAGCAGCCCAGCUUCGCCUGCGCAGCCAGUGGCGCGACAUGAUGCAAGCUGGCGACCAGAUGACUUGCCGGCGCCAGCCGUUAAACCGCCCGACAAGCCCGUUCAUGACCGGCGCUACAGCUGGGACUGCGCUUCCUUGUCCACCUAUGCAGACCCCGAUGCUCUUGACAGCGACGGCGAGGCAUCCACUGCAUCCCAGUCCCAAGACAUUCCCAGCCCUCAAGCCAUGCGCUGCCUCGACUCCAAGGACGACGAGGAGCGACCUCUGUCAUUGCCGCGCGCAGCGGUGAUGAGCCGGACGUGGGUGCAUCCACUUCUCCCCAUGACGCCGAUGCAUGCAAGCAAGGAUGAGCCGAAGAAGCUUCCGCGCAAAGUUGUUCGGUCGGAGCAAUUGCGCAGACGGAACAUGACCUUGGCCCAGCACCUGGCCAUCUUGCAGGAGAUGAGCGGGGACGAGGAUCCGGAAUCGCUGCAAGGCACACAGUGUGCAAAGGACGACUCUCAGAUGAGGAUGAAUUGCCGGGCAACGGAUGCCGGGAGUCUGGACCCUUCAUGCCUCAUCUUGCCCAGCCUGUUGCCGUACCUCACUGUGGAUGACAUUCUGGAGUGGCGUGUAACAUCGCGGCAGACCCGAAGUCCCAGGGUUUUGCUACGGCACAUUGCCGAAAUGGGCAGGUUGGACAGGUCCGAGUCAAUUGUCGAUUUUUCUACAAAGAUUGAACUCGCUUGUGUUCACGGCGAUACCUUCGAUGCCGACGUCUGCGGAAACGACCCAGAGCAGAUAAAGUACUAUGACUGUCAGUGGUGGUGCAUGCGGCUGGCGAGAGCGAGAGAAACCCAUUUUGCAGAAAGCGACGCCUUCGAAAUUGUCUGUCCAAACCUCCGAGACCUGCUUCGGCACUGUGCCGACGAGGAUGCAUCCGUGCGGAGCUCUGCGCACCAUGUUGUUCGUUUCUAUGGUAAAGGUGGCCUCCCGUUUGUGCGGCAAAUGAUUGCAGAUGCCAUGUUGACGCUCAUGGGGCACGUGCUGGCAGACUCCACUGGAAUCAGCCAAGCGGCCUUGAUGCAGGUAAUGCAGUGCACCCGCCACCUUGACAAGGUUGUACGUGCACUGGCGAAGCCUCAGCGUCAAAAGUGGGUGUCCCUGCUGGUCAAAGCCCUUGAGAGCCUUCGGAGUCAGGAAUCACACCGAGAGUCGAUGUUGACAUUGAUUUCCGACUUGAAGCUCCUUUGGCGAGCUGAUGACGAUCCCAGUCGGACCUACGCAGAAGCGGAGCAGCAGCUGAAGGCUUUGAAGAAGCAAGCCAACAAAGAUGUUCGGGUUGCUCUCUGGGACCUGCUAUGCUGCUGA